CGAGGCUAUUCAGGAACGUACGUUUACAAAUCCAGUAAGCCAUGUUGAGAAUGUUUCUGUUGGUAUUCAUUUGGUUGUUGCAACGAUCUUACGGAGACCUACCAUCUCUCUGCAGUGAUGGCUACUUGGAAGUGAUUAACGGGACGGAGACAAAAUUUAUUUGCUCCAAUUUUUUAGGAACUCAAACUAUUAGAUGGUACUUUAAGGGAAAUACAAUUGCCACAUGUAGCCCAUUACAGUCUCAGAAUGAACAAAACUGUAUUGUAACUUAUCUACCAGUAGUGUUCAUUGUUAGCAGGACAUCGCCAACAACAAGUGUUGUGACAGUUAAACCUAUUUUUAAAGAUAAACAGUCCAGCUUAUCGUGUGAGAUCGCCGACACAAAAGCCAUCAGCAACUGUCCUGUAGAUUUAACAUAUUCUGCAACUGUCUCCUCCUGUACUGUCGAGUUCAGUGGCAGCACGUGGACAGUUUCAAGCCAGUGCAAUGUUACAAAAGUUUACUCGUCACUAGCCAGAUACAGGUGUGAUCUUUACCAAAGAAUACAGAAUGAUCCAGAAGAAAGACGUGUUAAUAGUUCGCCAAUGUCAACAUCAAGUAUCACCGAGGCUGACUAUUUCUCUGGUUAUUGUAGCAUGACCAGCUUUCUACCUUCUGACGGGACAUACAACUACAGAGUGAUGUUGAUACCAGGCUAUGUCAAUGUUACUCCUCCUUUCAACGGAAAUAACUUUAUAAGAACUCCAAAAGGUUAUUUAUCACACAACUGCCCCACAUCUGUAUCUGAAUAUGGAAACCUACAGUGUGCAUGUUCAGUCACAGACAGAGGAAGUCCUCUAGGAGAAAUUCGCUGGCAAAAGUCAUCCACAAAUGAACUGUCGCUGAAUGGUGUUCUAAGAGCUCAGAAUGGAAACAUUUUGACAUGUGUGCUUACGUGGAAUAGAACAGAAAUACAAUUUCUACAUUACACCAUCAUCGUAACAUACCCACCCAGCGACAUACAGUUUAAGGUAAACGACAUAGAAACUGUAAAUGCCACAGUAAAGGAAAAUUCCACAGUGAGGAUGGGGUGCCUGGCGGAUGGCAGACCCACCCCAAGCAUGCGUUUGAAUCUCCAUCAACAAAAACACUGUCCUGAACACCAGUCCUCGUGGAAAUGUCACUGUUAAUGAUAUCAGAGCGACAGUCACUUAUGACAUGGAGUCAGUGCAGUGCCAAGACACAGGAGAGUAUGAAUGUGAAGUGGACACUGGUCCUGGACAGACUCACAAGCGAAUCUCAUUAUUUGUAAUGUGUGCUCCAAGACAAACAACUCAAGACAUUUAUUCAGGGACAUUCAACGGCGGGGAGGCGAGACUAGAGUUUAAAAUCAUUGCUUACCCACCGCCUGUUGAGCUGUCUGUAUUUUACAUAGGACCCUCCCUAAAUGAUACUACUUUGAGAAAGAUGGAAUAUAAGAAUACUGUUAGCUUUGUGUGUACAUAUGACAAUUUGUUAAGGUACAUGGUGACAUGCACAGUGACUCUCUUCAAUGAAACAAUAUUCAGUACCGGAGUUUACAAUGCUGUUUUCAGCAACGGUCUUGGAAAUAUUUCACUGACAUUUGAGAUCAAGGAACAUGUAGAUACACCAGGGCAGUCAAAGGCUGAAGUAGCAGGACCUGUCGCUGGUGGAGUUAUAGGUGCUGUCAUUGUCAUCGCGUUGGUUGUCAGUGCAGUCAUCUUUAUCAUCAGAAGAAAAAGAAGUAGAUUUGACGGAGGCACAGGAACGACUCCGGCAAUGACUUCUAAAACUGAUCCUCAGAGAAUUGUCACAGUGUCACUGUGUAAAGAUGGUAAAUAUCUGGAAGUAAAGGAGGGUCGGGAUGACAACAGGUUUGUCUGUACAGGAUUGACAGCUGAGCAAACAGUCAGCUGGUUUUGGGGAACAACGUUUAUACUUAAGUGUACAGCUUCAGCCUGUGAGGCAAAUUAUUUCUCCACGUACUUCAAGAUUAGCAGAUCUUUACCGACUGAGAGCGACAUUACAGUGAAUGCCACCUCCCUCUCAGAUUUAGGCAACUCAGCAUUAGCUAACCUGACAUGCCAUGUGUCAGGUGACAAUAAGGACACUUGUCAGCUAGAUGUCGUCUAUCCUGCUGAAAAUCCUCAGUGUCAGAUUCAGUUUAGUGGAGAUACAUGGGAAGUAAUCAGCCAUUGCACUGUUUCAAAGGUCCGCUCAAGGAGAGACAGAUAUGGCUGUUAUUUAUACCAAAUUUCAGAGCAAUUAACUGCUCUUUUCUUGGGUACUUUUACAACAUCCUUAAAACCCUCUUCAAAAGCUAAUUAUUUUUCUGGUGAGUGUCAAAUCAAGAUUACUCUCCCUUCUGAAGGAAAAUACAACUACAGUGUCAUCAUUAUACCUGGUGAAGUACAGGUGUUUCCUUCCUUUAAUGGAAGUAAUGAAAUACGUCGUCCAUCUGAAUCUCCUCAACACAACUGCCCACGAUAUGUAACGGAGAGCGGUGACAUAAACUGUCUCUGUUACUCGGAUAACCUUGGACUUCCAUCUGGUUCUCUUAUCUGGAGAGGAACCAACUCGCCGAAGCUGACGUUAGACCAAGUGAACAGGACAUAUAGUGGGACAAGUAAUACUUGUAUCUUGAUGUGGAACAACACUGCUGUACAAAGUACACAGUAUACAGUCACAGUAAACUAUGCAUCCCGAGUGCUGAGUUUUAAGAUCGACAACAAAGCAGACGACAUUGUAACUGUAAAGGAAAACACAAACGUGUCCGUUGUUUGUCAAGCUGAGGGGAGACAACUGCCGACAAUACAUUUAUUUAAAAGAAGCAGUGAUAACCAAGAUCUUGAGCUAGCCUCAACUAAUAAUACUCUGGAGCUUCAAUACACUAUGACAGCCGUGAAGUGUGAAACAACAGCCAUUUACACUUGCAAAUCAGAAAAUAAUAUCUCUGGAGACCAAAAAUAUAUUCGACUAAUUGUUUCCUGUGCUCCUAGACAAACAAUGCACGACUCUUAUUCUGUGACAUUUAAUGGUGACAAGGCCAGACUGCACUUUAAAUUCCUUGCUGACCCAGCGCCAAAUGUGUUGUCCAUAUUUUCCAUCAAAUCUUCACUAAAUGAUACAACUUCAAGAAAAGUUGAAUAUCAGAACAGAGUAGAAUUUGACUGUAAAUCUGAUCAAUUGUACAGGUAUAUGGUCACCUGCACAGUGACUCUUCUCAAUAAAACAGCAUUUAGGCCUGGAGUUUAUGAUGCUGUUUUCAGCAAUGACCUGGGAAAUAUUUCACUUACAUUUGAGAUCAAAGAACAAGUCGACUCAACAGGGCAAUCAAAGUCUGAAGUAGCAGGACCUGUUGCUGGGGGAGUUAUAGGUGCUUUUGCUGUUAUCACGUUGGUUGUCAGUGCAGUCUUCUUUAUCAGAAGAAAAAGAAGAAAACCAGAUGAGAGAGGCUUACAAACAAACCAGGUGUUGACUCCAAAAACUUCUGAGAGAAGUUUAGAAACAUUAUAUGACCAUCUACAAAGGGGAGAUAUCAACAACCCAUCUGUUUACCAAACACUAGAACCUCUGCAUGCUCCAAAAUAUAAAGAUCAAGGAAAGUCACAUGAAGCUCCAAUUGAUCUGCAUGAAAACACAAGAGGAACACGACACAAAGAGAUAAUCUACCAGAACACCACAUUUUGUUAAACUAAUCUUUUUGUACUGCUUUUAAUUUUGUUGAUAAAGAAGCACAUUGUCCAGUCCUCCAGAGACAAGUUCCCUCUUAUUAAGGCUGUUCAUCGAUGCCACUACAUUGGUAAAUAUAUUUGUUUCCUUGGUGCUUUGGGGAGCAUUUGAGAGAAAGAUAGUAAUGUCAGUCAGCAAAGGUCAUUUUUUUUCAUUUAUCAAACUUCACUGUUACUUGAUACUAUGUAAAAUGUUAUUAAAAAGAAAGUUUGCAGUCUUUGUGCUUCACAUCCAUUUCUAUGCAAUUUUCUAAGUUUGGGCAGACACAUCACUUUGAGAGGUUUCACACCAUACAUGUAUUUUUUCAAAAGAAAUUAUUAUUCCACCGUCAAAUGUUGGUUUGUCUCCUAACCCACAGAUGAUAAGUAAAGAUGUUAAGCACCUUAAAAUAUGGAAAUAAUGCCAUUUAGCUAGGAAUGAUCGACAGGUAUUGUGACUACAUUUUAGCUCCUAUCAACUUGGUGUGGUUAUUUAGUUUUAAUUUACCUCUUCCCCACCAGCUGCACGAGACCUAACAUUUCCAUCGACAUUGGUAAGCUUUCUUGCCGGCACAAACUAUGAAACAUAGACAUAUAUGUCUCCUUAUACACCGUGGAAUGUAUCGGCAAGUUAUAGCAUCAAUACACAUGUCCGUACACACUGUGACAAUUAUGGGCAAUUUUAUGAAUGAAGAUGAGAAUGUUGAUCUAAAGUACAGCCACUGCUUAGGCUAAAGUUGAACCUAGAAAAAUUCUGAUUUAUUAAGACACGCCAAAGCCCUCGAGUCGGUAAAAUAGCUCUGGGUAGUUAACUCAAGUAAAAGGAUAUGAAUAGCAGUUGAACAGUUGACCAGGUAGAAGAAAUAAUUAAAAGUUUCUGUAUUUUAUAUGUACUGCUUGGGUAGCCUCCCUUGCUAUGAAACGAUGUUUUGUUUUCUUACAACCAGUUAGCUAAGUAUUUUAAUUAUAAAAUAUCUUAAGAUAAACAUCAAUGACAUGAUUUUAUUGUUGCUCAAGACGACUUCCCAUAUACAAGAAAAAUAGAUAUUGUGCAGUAACUUAAUUGUUUAUCCCAAAAGCACCUAAACGAUGAAAAAAAAUUAAGGCUGUGUAGAAAGCAUGUUGACAGUUGCUGCCCGCCACGCAUGUUUUGGUGACUUCACAGGCCGGAUCUCUAUAAUGAAUAAAGAACGAGCCCACGUGUCUAAGUAGAAACUAAAAUUGUACCGGAAAGCUUAGUAAAAACCCAGGAUAGAACAACACGAUCGAGGGAUCCGGUACCAGCACAAUAAACCACCAAUGCAGAUUUGGCAGGCCUCGUAUACUCCUAAAAACUAGGAGAAACAACAGGAAAAAAGGACACAAACACGUAUACAGUUGACCACCAAUGCGGACUUCGCAAAGCUCGUAGACAUAAACAGGUAAACAGGGCACAAACAACAGAAAACACCUGUGGUGCAGGU